AUGAGGUAUUGUCGAGAUGGAGAAUUUGGUCCUUCAACUGGAUACGCUUGUCAGACCAACAACAACGCCCGUUCAGGGAACACAAGGAUGAGAGACUCGAAAACUCCAGUCACUCUUGCUAAAGUCAUCAAGGUUCUUGGUAGAACCGGAUCCAGAGGUGGUGUCACCCAGGUCAGAGUUGAGUUCUUGGACGACACUUCCAGAACCAUCGUCAGAAACGUCAAAGGUCCAGUCAGAGAGGACGACAUCUUGUGCUUGAUGGAGUCUGAGAGAGAGGCUCGUCGUCUGAGAUAG